UCCUCCCUCCCUUCCAUCUCGACCUCCCUCCGUCCCAAAGCCUCACUCACUCUCACAACCACUGAAACUUUGUGCGCUACGACGUGACUGCCUCGCCUCCUACAGCACCACCUCCGGGCAACGCUGUCUUCAAACUCACCUCUGGAAAGGAGCUCCGCUACUGUUGGAGCUAUUGGUUAUUGUGGGAGGUUGGGCUGGGGCUGGUGCUGUUGGCGAACAUCAUUUGCACAAGAGCUCUUCUUGGCCCCAUCUGCUCUCCAGCACCCACGAGCACAUCCUGCCCUACAUCUUCCUACAUUCGGCUGCACCUGGGAUGCGCAGUCAUCUCUGUGCUGUGGCUGGUGGCUAUUUCCAUAGCAGGUUCGGGAUGGUCGCCCGUGGCCGAUCGCCGCGCGCCACGGCGCUGUGGCUGGCGCUGUUCCUCGGCGCUGCCACGGCACUCCUGGCGCUCAACCCCGAGGACCCCAACGUGUGCAGCCACUGGGAGAGCUACGCGGUGACUGUGCAGGAGUCAUACGCGCACCCCUUCGACCAGGUGUACUACACCAGCUGCUCCGACAUCCUCAACUGGUUCAAAUGCACGCGGCACAGGAUCAGCUACCGCACAGCGUACCGGCGCGGGGCUCGCACCAUGUACCGCCGCAAAUCCCAGUGCUGCCCCGGGUUCUACGAAAACGCCGAUGCUUGCCUGCCUGAAUGCACAUCUCAAUGUGUCCAUGGAAGAUGCGUCGCUCCUGACACGUGUCAGUGUGAACCUGGCUGGGGUGGGACAGAUUGCUCUAGCGGCUGUGACAUCGAGCACUGGGGCCCCCACUGCAGCAACCGCUGCCAGUGCCGCAAUGGGGCGCGCUGCAACCCCAUCACCGGCGCGUGCGUGUGCGCCGCCGGCUUCCAGGGCUGGCGCUGCGAGGAGCCGUGCCCCACCGCCACCUACGGCUUGGGCUGCCAGCUGCGGUGUCAGUGCCACAACGGUGCCACGUGCGACCACGUGACGGGCGAGUGCCACUGCCCGCCCGGCUUCACCGGUGCAUUCUGUGAGGAGGUUUGCCCUCCCGGGAGCCACGGAGCCCAGUGCGAGUUGCGCUGUCCGUGUCAGAACGGAGGCGUCUGCCAUCACGUAACGGGGGAGUGCUCCUGCCCAGCGGGCUGGAUGGGGUUUGUGUGUGGCCAGCCCUGUCCACCCAGCAAAUACGGUAUACAUUGCUCCCAAGAGUGUCAGUGCCACAAUGGAGGGCAGUGCGACCACAUUUCUGGACAAUGCCACUGCACAGCAGGAUUCAGCGGAGAUAGGUGCCAGGAAGAAUGCCCCAUCGGCCGCUACGGGCUGGGCUGCGGCAAGCGCUGCGACUGCGCGAACGGCGCCAAGUGCUACCACGUGAGCGGCGAGUGUCUGUGCGAGGCGGGCUUCACCGGCACGCGCUGCCAGGACCGUGUGUGCCACGACGGCUUCUACGGCAUCGCGUGCAGCGAGAUGUGCCCCUGCAACCCGGCCAACACGCUUAGCUGCCACCCCAUGUCAGGGGAGUGCACAUGCAGGGUGGGCUGGGCCGGCCUCUACUGCAACGAGACCUGCUCGCCUGGCUUCUAUGGGGAGGCCUGCGCCCAGGUGUGCUCCUGCCAGAAUGGGGCCGACUGCCAGCACGUGACAGGCCGCUGCAUGUGUGCGCCCGGAUACAAGGGUGUGGAUUGCUCCCAGCCUUGUGACUCUGGUUCCUAUGGAGCAAAUUGCUCAUCCUCCUGCACCUGCAGGAACAAAGGUGUCUGCUCACCCAUGGAUGGGUCGUGCAUCUGUGGCAGUGGGUGGCAGGGCGUGGACUGCUCCAUCCCGUGCUCCAGCGGGACCUGGGGCCUUGCCUGCAACGCGUCGUGCUCCUGUGCCAACGGCGCGUCGUGCAGCCCGCUCACCGGGGAGUGCACCUGCAGCGCGGGCUGGCGUGGCGACCACUGCGACGUGCCGUGCCCUGACGGGACGUUCGGACUGGGCUGUCAGGAGCGCUGUGACUGCAGCCACGCAGACGGCUGCGACGCGGAGACCGGCACCUGCCGCUGCCUGGCCGGCUGGACAGGCCUGCACUGCGACAACGUCUGCCCGGAGGGGCGAUGGGGGCCAAACUGCUCGCUGUCAUGCAACUGCAACAACGGCGCGUCCUGCUCUCCUGAUGACGGCACGUGCGAGUGCGCGUUUGGCUACCGGGGAACCACAUGCCAGAGAAUCUGCUCGCCAGGGUUUUACGGAGCUCGCUGCAGCCAGGCUUGUCCACAGUGCGUGCACAGCAACGGGCCCUGCCACCACAUCUCGGGCCAGUGUGACUGCCUGCCGGGGUUCCACGGAUCGCUCUGCAACCAGGUCUGUCCAAGCAAGCGCUACGGGAAGAACUGUUUUGGGACCUGUUCGUGCACCAACAACGGCACGUGCAACCCCAUCGACGGCUCGUGCCAGUGCUACCCGGGCUGGAUUGGCAGCGACUGCUCACAGUCCUGUCCUCCGGGCCACUGGGGGCCGAACUGCAUCCACACGUGCAACUGCCACAACGGGGCGGUGUGCAGCGCCUACGAUGGUGAAUGCAGGUGCAGCCCUGGCUGGACGGGGCUCUACUGCACCCAGCGCUGCCCGCUGAGCUUCUAUGGGAAGGACUGCACCCAGCCGUGCCUGUGCCAGAACGGAGCGGACUGUGAGCACAUCUCGGGCCAGUGCACGUGCCGUACGGGUUUCAUGGGACGCCACUGUCAGACGAAGUGCCUGCCCGGUACGUUCGGCUACGGCUGUCGCCAGCUGUGUGAGUGUCUCAACAACGCCACGUGCGACCACGUGACCGGCGCCUGCUACUGCCACCCUGGCUGGAAGGGCAUUCGCUGUGACCAGGCCGGGCUCAUCAUCAUGGAGAGCUCGAACUCCCUGAGCAAGGCGACGAGUGCGGCCGUGCCCACGGAGGGCCACUACGUGGUGGUGGUAGUGGGCAUCGUGCUGCUCAUCGUGCUGGUGCUCGUCCUCAUCGUCGUCUUCCUCUAUCGCCAGCGGCAGCGCAAGGACAAGGGGCACGAUGUGCCGGCCGUGUCCUACACGCCCGCGCUGCGCGUCGUCAACGGAGAGCCCCCCACGCUCGCAGUGGACCAGACUGCGCCCAAUGGACACGGACGACAUUACUUCUCCAACCCCAGCUACCACACGUUGUCUCAGAGCAGCAGCCCGCCACCUCUGAUGCCCAACAACUUGAGCAGAGGCGUCAACACCAAGCACUAUGUGGGCUUGAAAAACCACGAGCAGAAGCGCGGUGCAUGCGGGAUAAGCCACACCGCCACACUGCCAGCCGACUGGAAGCGCGAACGCCAUGCCAACGACAUGGGUAGGCAUUCAAGUUUGUUUGGAAUGGAAACGAGGUAUGGCCAUGGAAGAUCACUGAAAGACGUGCUGAACGAAGCGGGCUGCAGUGCCAGCAACGCGUCCCUCAACAGCGAGAACCCGUACGCCACCAUCAAGGACCUGCCAGGCACCGAGAGCAACUACGUGGAGAUGCGUUCGCCGGGGCACAGCGAGCCAGCGGGGGGCGGUGCUGCUCUGUGCGCCCAUGCAGCGUCCGCCAUGGCCAGCAGCAACGUCUAUGAACCUGAGCCCACCAUGACGCUGCCCGGUACAUACGGCAACGUCGGAGCAUUCGGACAGAGCCCGUACGACCUCCCAAGAAACAGCCACAUCCCCGGCCACUACGACCUCCUGCCGGCCCGUCUGAGCCCCUCCUCGUCUCCCUGCUCCUCGCCCGUUCACGUCGAGUCCUCUGUCGAGGACGGCGGCGGCGGCGGCGGCGAGUCGUGACUCGUGGCUCCUCCGCGUCAUGGACCUAGACACGGGUCGGGGGGGUCCAGCGGGCCAAAGCGCUGCCGGCGAAAAUUAGAAAAGCGACGGUGCCCCCCCACCCACCUUUGACUCUAAGUGAGAUGUCAUCGGGCAUGGCGUGCUGAACGAAUGUAAAUUCUCUUAACGUGUUCUUGUUUUUUUCUCGCCCAUACCCCCCCCCUGCCCCGCCCAAGUAUGAACGCUAAAAAAAAAUAGAAUUUAAAAUAUUCCUGAAAAACUGGAUUGAUCAUUCCCUUUCUGUAAUAUGAAUUGCCAGCAUUGCAAAAUUAUAUUUUUCCAAACACGUACAAGUACAUUGUACAAUGUGAGAAGUACAUGAAUGAUGUUCACGUCAAGUAGAGGUGCUGUAUAAGAAUACGUGCUGUGGAAUUACUUAAAUGAGGAUUUUUUUACCUGCUAUCAGAUACAGGCAACGAGUAUUACGUUCGUUUUGUUUUUAAAUUAUGACGGCUGAUCCAACAAAGUCAACGUAAUGGCGGUUUGAUAAUGUAAAAGUGCAGAGACCUGAAGCUGUUGCACAGGAGAGUAAUUCUCAUGAUAAUUGGGUAAUAAUUCUGGAUGUAGUGAAGUGAGACAGGAAUUGCUGUUCAGCGUAUCGUAGUUGGUAAAUGAAACACCAUUACGGACCGUUACAUUUGUGUUUCAGUGAGGAGAAGUAGCACAGUGGCGAGCGCAUGGCCCUAUGAAAACCUGCCAACCUGAUUUUGUCUUAUUCCCGGCUACGGCUAUCAUCAAUGGAGAGUGAUAUUUCCACUGGUCCCAGAUAAACCCCCCUUCGUAUGUAUGUAUUUUGAACUUAUUUCGUACCGUACAUAGCCAACCAUGCUAAUCGGAGCACUGAACAAUGUGAAGCAUGGUCAAACAACCCCAGAUGACCGACAUGGCGUGGACGGGCCUUCAUCCAGCAGUGGAUUGGCAGAGGGUUGUAAAUUGUUAUUAUGAUCUACACUUUUCAAGCUUUAGCAAAAAAUCCAGCAAUCUGUUCAAAUUAAUGAAACAGAAAGUCAACACUUAAUCACAACUCCUUCUGUUCCUCGCCGGUGGAGACAUGCAGCCUCUUCACCGCUACAAGAAAUAAAGUUAAGUAUAUUUUUUAGUUUGCGUUUUAGUCAUGUCGCAGCGGCAUAUAUCACACGUGACCAGAUCUUUGCACGUAGAGGUUCAUCUUGCAAGGCACAACAAGGUACUUUUGUGAAAGUCAUGUUUUGAAAAGGGAUGAUGUGUUCAUGAAGUUCCAGCUCUUGCUAAAGAGAUUCACGCUAAAGUUAAAGCGGCGAAUGAAACCCAAGGGUAAAAGGAAAUCGGAAGGAAAAAAAAGCAAAACAACAAAUAAAGAAUUGAAGGGCUAUACUUAAUUAGCCAAAGAACUGAGGGUGCAGAGUUUGUUUCUGUGUAAGGGACAUCCUUGUAUUAUUACAGUCGCCACAUUUAUUGUACGGAACUUUGCUUUUAAAGGUUUUCCUACUCAAAGCAUUUUGCUUGCUGUGCAUGUUGGACCAUAUUGUAAUGGGUCUCUUGAAACUCUAGGCUUAACAAGUGUUACUUUGCCUGACUGUAGCAUAUAAACAUUGAAAAGGCGAGGUCAGACCUCCAUCUCUAUAACUCUUUAAAUGUAAGCCAGAAAUCAGAAUUUUCGCGUUUGCAGUGACCUUUGUAAAUUGUAAAUACUGUACUGUAAUGAUGAACGUAGACUAUUUUGGAGAAUGGAAACCUUACAUCGCGAACGGACUGAUACAC